AUGAUAAUAUGUUUACAGGCCCUGUACCUUCUAAUUUAGGCAGGUUGAAUGAUCUAUAUUGGGUUAUUCUAAGUAGGAACAAGCUUGAGGCGGGAGAUUGGAGCUUCUUCACUUCCUUAACCAACUGCAGCAAUCUACAAGUACUCGAACUGUAUCGGAAUGAGCUUGAAGGUGCGUUGCCAAAGUCGAUAACCAACUUCUCGGCAAAUCUUAAUUGGCUCACAAUUGGGCAAAAUCAGAUAUACGGGAGUAUUCCUAUGAAUAUAGAUGACCUAGUCGGUUUAAAUGCUCUUUUCAUGGAAGAAAACCUCCUCACUGGGAUCAUUCCUCCAACUAUUGGAAACCUCAAGGGGCUACAGAGUUUAUGGUUGUUUGAUAAUAGAUUAUCAGGGCAGAUACCAUUUUCCAUAGGAAACUUGACUCAGUUGAAUGAGUUAUAUCUAGAGGUGAAUGAGUUACAAGGAAGCAUACCUUCGAGUUUCGGAAACUUGCAAGCUCUUAUCACAUUGAACAUGUCAUAUAAUAAUCUCAGCGGUGAGAUACCUAAAGAACUUGUAAGCAUCUCCUCCCUUUCGAGAUACCUCGAUUUAGCGUACAAUUCUCUUACUGGAUCGUUGCCUUUGGAAGUGGGUAAACUGAAUAAUCUCCUGCAGUUCAAUGUUUCCAACAACAAGUUAUCAGGAGAAAUUCCUAGCACUUUAGGAGAAUGUGAAGUGUUAGUGUACCUAUAUAUGGACAGUAACCACUUUGAAGGGAGUAUUCCUCAAUCUCUGAGCAACUUAAAAGGUAUUCAGGAAUUGAAUCUUUCAAAUAACAACUUAUCUGGGCCAAUCCCGGCAUUUUUGGGUACGCUUCGGUUGUUACAGUAUCUGAAUUUAUCUUUCAAUAAUCUCGAAGGUGAAGUUCCCACCACAGGAGUUUUUGCAAAUUUGAGCUCGAGUUCAGUCACAGGGAAUAAUAUGCUCUGCGGAGGCAUUUCAGAAUUACACCUCCCUUCUUGUUCUGCCCAGAAGUCGAAAAUAAAAGGGGCAUUAGUGACGAAAAUAGUCAUACCUUCAGUGUUCGGACUUGCACUAUUUGGUGUACUAUUAAGUAUAUUUUUCUUUCGAAGGCGUAGGGUUAAGAAGUCAGAAAACAGAACAUCUUCGAUUGGAAUCAUCGAUGGUCAAUUCAUAAGGGUUUCUUAUUCUGAUUUGCACAAAGCAACUGAUGGGUUCUCUACUUCAAACUUAAUCGGAACAGGAAGUUUUGGUACUGUUUAUAAAGGGGUGUUAGAAAGCAGUGGUGAAGAAAUUGCUGUAAAGGUAUUCAACCUUCAGCAAGAAGGAUCUUCAAAGAGCUUCAUGGCUGAAUGCAGAGCGUUAAGAAGUAUUCGACACCGGAAUCUUCUAAAGGUCAUAACUUCCUGCUCAGCUUUUGACUUUGAAGGCAAGGAGUUCAAGGCAAUAGUAUAUGAGUUCAUGCCUAAUGGUAGUUUAGAUGAGUGGCUGCAUCCUGAAAUGAAUGGCCGUGAACGAGUAAGGAAUUUAAGGUUUGGUGAGAGGUUGAACAUUGCUAUUGAUGUGGCUUCUGCAUUGGACUACCUUCAUCAAUACGGGCCAAUGCCGAUUUUGCAUUGUGAUCUGAAGCCAAGUAAUGUUCUUCUCAACAAAGACAUGAUGGCCCAUGUAGGUGAUUUUGGGCUUGCAAGGUUUCUCUUCAUAAAUAUUGCUAGCUCAUCAGGCAUACAAACUUCUACUGUCGGACUAAAAGGAUCAAUCGGAUAUGUCGCACCAGAGUAUGGAAUGGGAGGCCCAGCCUCGAUUCAGGGCGAUGCCUACAGUUGCGGAAUACUUCUGCUCGAGAUGUUUACUGGAUUGAGACCAACCGAUACAAUGUUCACGGAUGAUGUAAACCUUCACAAGUACGUGAAGAUGAACUUUCCUGAGAGAGUCAAGGACAUAACCGAUCCGAUAAUGCACCUGCAAGAAGAAAGGGGAAAGAUCAGCAACAGCAUAGUGGGCAAAGCAGACGAAACAGAUAGAUUAUUGGAGUGCUUGGUAUCAAUUUUUGGGAUUGGUAUCAGAUGCUCUGAGGAUGAGCCAAGUAAAAGAAUGCAGAUCGAAGCAGUUGUAAAAGAAUUGCAGGCAAUCAGAGAAUCAUUUUUCGGUUAGAGAUACUCUGCUCGAUAGAUAGAAUUAAUUUGGUCGCCCCGGAUAAAAUGGAGUGACUGCGCCAAGAAAGUAAAUAUUUACUACUUGUGUUACAAUAGAACAAACUGUUCUUUUUCUUUUUUUGAGAUUAUAUUACAAACUACUCGUUCAACGUUCGAAUCA